GUUUAGUACUACAAGUUCCAAACGCGUUCAUCUUGAGUCCAUCAUCAUGGUCUCUUCGUUACCUUUCGACGCAAUUGAAAAUCCUACUAACGCGCUACAUGACCUCUACAAUGACCUCAAGGAUGUCAGUCUCGACGCAUUCCCAAGCCGCGUAGCCACCCAUUUCACUUCAAUUUUCGCGGCAUCCGACGCGUUCGAAAAAAUUCCUUCUUUAAGUACUCAGAGGCCUCCCGAGCAGCACCAGCACAGAGCCCUUGUACGUUUCCGGGCCAUGAUUCAGGACACAUCGAUAUCACCAGAAGUAUACUUGGCCAGACUACCAGGUGGAAAAGUUGGUGGAUGGGGCCUCGUCGACGAGACUGUUCAUGCUGGGCCCAAUUUCGAUUAUUCAAACCUGAGAGAAUGUUCUGUCCUUUGGGCUGUUAGCAUUCCUGGAGAAUGGUCUACCGGGGACCCUGAAGGUGGUCCAGAGCACCGGUCAACGCAGCCACACAAAUUUCCUUUGCAUGGCGUCUCGCAUAUUGGUGUCAAAAUCAAGAUUUACGAUGGUCAGGCAGAUUCGUUCAAGCCUACAGAUAUUCGUCACCUUCGUCGGCUUCACACCGACUUGGAUGGCAGCACUUCUACUUUAGUACCCACUCUUCAUGUUCUGUUUUCUCGACCGGUUUCUUCGACUGUGAUGCCGCGCAGUGUGGCAUCUGAUUUUGACACAAACCUUCGCUCCGAGCUGAUAAGUUGGAUCGCGCAUGAAGGACUUGCUGGCGAUCUCGAGGCCGCGGAGUGGGUACUUUUGUGCUGCAUAGCACGCGUUCAGUCCCGAACACCACCGAUCUUUCCACCUUCUUUGGGACUCUGCAGAUUUCCUUCGCCCGCUUUCCCCACAUCGUUAACCCCUGCUAUCUCGCAUAUUCUCUCCCUCUUAUUCUUAUCGGUCUCCACCAUAUCUCCUUUCUUUUCAAAAGAUGAAGACUUGCAUAGCGGCUGGCUGCAACUUCCCAAAGGCAGUGUUUGUAUUGUCACAGAAGCCGGCGUCCAGGAGGGCAAUGUCGUUGAGCGCGGUUUACUAAACUUACGGGCCAUGCAAGAGAUGAUGACAUCACAAACUCUUCAAUAUGUUUUCCCUUUCAGCUCGUAUUCUUUUGAAACAGACGUUGUCUUUAUCGUCUUGAGUGAGGGAAACAAGAGUGCCUUUUUCCCCACCCUUGUUCAGUUUCCUUUGAAGCCCGUGACAGAAACGAAUGGACUAUAUAAGAGUCCAGGCGAGAUCCAGCUGCCGUCCAAAAUUGAUACAUUCCGGCAUCUAGUUUCCAAGGCUAGAAAUAGUAGCGUUUCAAUUGGGGAUGAGACUGCCAAGCAAAUUCAAGAGGAUUUCGUCAACGAACGAAAAGGAGGGAACGUGACAGCUGAUGAUCUAAUUCAACGUAUGUCAGUUGCAAGGCUCCUCGCACUUUCUUACGACAAGUCUGAAGUUGAUGGGGAAGUGUGGGAGAAGGCCAAGAGUCUGGAGAGAUCGAGAAGAGAGAGAAUCAACUAGCUAGAUCCAAGUGUAAGAUUAUAUUUAGGGCUCUCAUCUAUCAACUCGCUUAUACUACCA